AGGUCGUUGCCUGUAACACUGAUAAGACCGCUGAUAAGGUGUCGGGACAUUAACAGAAAGAACACCGAUGUGUCUUUAACAGAAACUCGCCUCCGCUCCUUUAAACAAAAUGCUAAACAUGUGUCCGAUAACAAGACUUUUAUUUUGAAUGCUCUGACCGGACGUUGUGUUUUUACUACCGGAAGCCUUUUCGUGUUUAGGCCACACUGGAUGCAAAAGGCACGAAAUUUGGGUGCAGAAACGUUAGCUUCUGUUAGUUUCAUGAAUGUGAGAAUAAAAAUAGAAACGGAACCUUGGAAAUAAACACACAUGGAUCCCAACCGUAUAAUCCAGGCUCUGAAGGGAACUAUCGACCCCAACCUGAGGAUAGCGGCAGAAAAUGAACUCAAUCAGUCCUACAAGAUCAUUAACUUCGCCCCUACCCUGCUUCAGAUCAUCGUGUCGGAGCAGGUAGAGUUUCCUGUUCGCCAAGCAGCUGCAAUCUACCUGAAGAACAUGGUGAGUCAGUACUGGCAGGACAGGGAACCGUCUGUCGGGGAGGUUGUGUUUCCCUUCAACAUCCACGAGAACGACCGGCAGCAGAUCAGAGAUCAGAUCUUGGAGGGUAUCAUCCGCUGUCCAGAGUCCAUACGUGCCCAGUUGACCAUGUGUUUGCGAGCCAUCAUCAAGCACGACUUCCCCGGCCGCUGGACUGCCAUUGUGGACAAGAUCAACAUGUACCUGCAGUCUCCAAACAGCGGCAGCUGGUAUGGGACGCUGCUGGCUCUCUACCAGCUGGUCAAAACAUACGAGUACAGGAAAGCAGAUGAGAGGGAGCCGUUGCUUGCAGCCAUGCAGAUCUUCCUGCCCAGGAUUCAACAACUCAUCAGCCAGCUUCUGGUUGAUGCAACAAUCUUUUCAGUCCUCAUUCAGAAACAGAUCCUGAAGAUCUUCCAUGCUCUUGUACAGGUCUUGCUGAAGGUGGUGGACCAGUACCGACAGAAGCAGUAUGUUACUCCUCAGGUCCUACAGCAGUGCCUCAACUACCUCAACCAGGGUCUGUCACACUCACUGACCUGGAAACAGAUGAAGCCGCACAUGCAGACCAUAUGCCAGGAGGUCAUCUUCCCUCUUAUGUGCUACAAAGACGAGGACGAGAAACUAUGGCAAGAGGAUCCAUAUGAGUAUAUCCGUAUGAAGUUCAGUAAGUGUUCAAGUAUCCUGGUAUUAGGCUUGAUGGAGUUCUGCCAUCGUAUCCUGAUGGACCCCUCUGCUGAUCCUUGCAGGACGGACGGAGCGCUGCACUGCAUCGGCGCUCUGGCUGAGCUCUUACUUAAGAAGCGGCUGUACAGGGAGCAGAUGGAGCUGAUGCUUCAGAACUACGUCUUCCCCUUGCUGAACUCUCCUCUGGGUUACCUGCGUGCCAGGUCCUGCUGGGUGUUGCACUCCUUCAGUCCGCUGCGUUUCCAUGACGAGCUGGUGCUGAGGAAUGCCGUGGAGUUGGUCAAACAGGAUCUGAUAGAUGACAAAGAGAUGCCUGUCAAGGUGGAGGCUGCCAUCGCUCUGCAGACGCUGGUCAGCAACCAGGAACAAGUGUGUGUUCGGCAGGCAGAGAUCUUCACAAGAGUUCUACAGAGUGAGGAGUACGAGGAGAACGAAGAUAAGACUGUCAUGGCUCUUGGUAUCCUCAGUACAAUUGACACCAUCCUCACCGUGAUGGAAGACCACAAAGAGAUCACACAGCAGCUAGAGGGGAUCUGUUUGCAGGUGAUUGGCCUGGUGUUGCAGAAACCCAUCAUAGAAUUCUAUGAGGAGAUCCUGUCACUGGCAUUUGGCCUUACCUGUCAGACCAUCUCCCCCCAGAUGUGGCAGCUGUUAGGCGUCCUGUAUGAGGUCUUCCAGCAUGACUGCUUUGAUUACUUCACAGAUAUGAUGCCGCUUUUGCACAACUACGUUACCGUGGACACGGACAUGCUCCUGUCCAGUCCGAAGCACUUGGAGGUCAUCUACAGCAUGUGCAAAAAGGUGUUGUCCAUGGAUUCAGGCGAGGAUGCAGAGUGUCAUGCAGCCAAACUGUUGGAGGUUAUCAUCCUGCAGUGCAAAGGCAGAGGCAUCGACCAGUGCAUCCCUCUUUUCGUGGAGGCAGUGCUCGAGCGUUUGAUGCGGGGGGUGAAAUCCAGUGAGCUGAGGACAAUGUGUCUCCAGGUUGCCAUUGCUGCUCUCUACUACAAUCCAGCCCUGCUCAUCCAUACGAUGGACAACAUGCACUUUCCACACAACCCGCAGCCCAUAACCACACACUUCAUCAACCAGUGGAUGAAUGACACUGAAUUCUUCUUGGGACUCCAUGACCGUAAGAUGUGCAUCAUUGGACUGAGUGUGCUAAUCGAGCUUCCUAGCCGGCCAGCAGUGCUGGAUGCAGUGGCUGCCCAGAUCGUCCCCUCCAUUCUCCUCCUUUUCCUGGGCCUCAAGCACAUUAAUGCCUCCCGCCUAAUCAACAAACCGGAGCUGCUUGCCCGUGCAGGGGCUCAAGACGAAGACCAGAAUGAGGAGAUUCCCAGUGAUGAAGAUGAGGUGAAUGAGAAUUGUAACACCAUGCAGCAGCAGUCCAGCAUGCCAGCAGGCCCAGGAGGCGAUGAUGACGACGACGAUGAAGAUGACUAUUGGGAUGACGAUGGUUUUGAGGGAACGCCUCUGGAGGAGUACAGCACGCCUCUGGACUACGACAAUGGAGAGGACGAGUAUCAGUUCUUCACUUCUGCCCUGCUCAGUAGGUCACAUGUUGGAUCACCUUUACUGUUCGUUUCCGGCACACUGGGAGCAGAUCUUUGGGUCCUUUAGGAAGCAGCUUGGUGCUUCAUGGAUCAGGCUCAUCCAGGUGCAAGCAAGAUCUAGGAAGUUUCGAAAAAGGGUCAACAGCGUGGCCCCUUCCUCAAACCAUGUGUGUAGUUUUUGUGCUGCUGUUAAAGAAUAUUGUUGACGUGGAGGUGGCUGAUGCUUCACUCCCCUACUCGUCCACGCCCUGCUUGCAGUGACUGUGGUGCACUACAGCCUCUGCUUUUAUACCAUUUUAUUCUUUACUUAAAUAUUUAUGUGUUCACUCACUGUGACAAAUACAAGAUGUUAUUGUAACCUUCAGAAACCAGCCGAUUGCAACUGCAUGUUUACAUUCUUGCUCUGAUUGGAUUCGUUGAAGUUGAAACUUUUUAAUAUCACAUACAAAAACAUUGCAGUGGGAUCAGUUCAUUGGUCUGCUGUAUUUAUGCAGCUAUUUUUCCACAUAGUUUGGUAACGAAACAGGACAAA